GGGAGCAUGGAGCCGCGGGCCGGCUGCCGGCUGCCGGUGCGGGUGGAGCAGGUCGUCAACGGCGCGCUGCUGGUCACCGUGAGCUGCGGCGAGCGCAGCUUCGCCGGGAUCCUGCUGGACUGCACGAAAAAGUCCGGCCUCUUCGGCCUGCCCCUGUCGACUCCACUGCCCCAGCCCGAGGACCCCCCUGUCAACGGCUGCCACGGCCCGGCCCCCACGGAGCAGGACGGAGAGGCGAUGCAGCUGGGGACGGGUCCUCCGCCGCCUCCCUGCGGGGAGCAGCCACCCGAGACCUCAGACCCCAAGCCGCCCCCACCCCUUGUGCCACCGUUCCCGCCGUAUUUUGAAGGCGCUCCCUUCCCUCCCCCGCUCUGGCUGAGAAGCACCUACCGGCAGUGGGUACCACAGCCGCCACCCCGGACCAUCAAGAGGACCCGCCGACGCCUGUCCCGUAACCGUGACCCGGGCCGGCUUGCCCUGAGCCCCAUCCGCCUGCGGCCGCGCCAAGUACUCUGUGAGAAGUGCAAGAGCACUCUGAGCCCCCCCGAGGCCAGCCCCGGCCCCCCAGCUGCCCCUCGGCCCCGCCGGAGGGUGGGCAGCGGCCCCGGCCCCGACAGGGAGCCCCGUAAGCUCGAGGGCCCUGAUGGCGGAGGGGACGCGGCAGCCACCAGCACGAGGAGGAGCAAGAGGGAAAGGCAGGCGGAGGACAAGGCCCGCGUCCCCCGGAGCCCGGCCAUCAAGAUCUCCUACAGCACGCCGCAGGGCAAAGGCGAGGUGGUGGAGAUCCCCUCGCGCGUGCACGGGUCCCUGGAGCCCUUCUGCCCCUCCCAGGCCCUGCACGGGGGCAGCCAGGACCCUGGUGGGCCCUCCGCCUCUAUCCCCAAGCUGAAGCUGACGCGUCCCGGGCCCCCUGGCACCAACCUGCCGCCCCCCAAGAUCCGCUUGAAGCCCCACCCCCGGGCGGCUGGGGAGCGGGAGCCCGUCUACAAGGCCGAGCUGGUGGAGGCGCUCAAUGGCCACGGGCGCGGCCCCCGGGCCCAGGCACCCGCUCUGCUCGGCCACGGCUCUGCCGGCGGUGGGCUGGUGGACUCUUCUUCUGGAAGCUCUGGCGAGGAGGAUGAGGGCUUCAAACGGUGCCCCCCGGGUCCGCACGGGCAAGAGAGCCUGGCCUUCCUCGCCAGCUGCCCCAGGCGGGGGACAGAGCGCGCGAGCGAGUCGGUGUGGAGCAGCGACAGCCUGGAUGAGUCCAGGUCGUCCGGCUCGGAAGUCACAUCCCCAGACACGUGCGGCCUGUCGCCAGGCGACGGCACGUCCGCGCGGCCCUCGGCCAAGGACGCGAGGCGGACGGUCCCGCCGCUCACGGUCCGGCUGCACACACAGAGCGUCCCCAAGUGCGUUACUGAGGACGGGAGCACGGUGGCCGUAGGGGACGUCGUGUGGGGUAAGAUUCACGGUUUCCCUUGGUGGCCGGCGCGCGUGCUUGACCUCAGCCUUAGCCAGAAGGGGGACGGGGAGCCCUCUUGGCAAGAAGCAAAGGUCUCGUGGUUUGGUUCUCCGACUACGUCGUUCCUGUCUACUUCAAAACUCUCCCCUUUCUCCGAGUUUUUCAAACUGAGAUUUAACCGCAAGAAGAAGGGGAUGUACCGUAAGGCUAUCACAGAGGCUGCAAACGCCGCGGAGCACGUGGCCCCGGAAAUAAGGGAGCUCUUGACCCAGUUUGAGACCUAACUCAGGCGACCGGGUCAUCGACGAUGAGAGCACGGCUGUUCUGGAGCUUCCGACUUUGGGGGUGCCCUCCACGUCCCCCAUUCCGUCUGAGGGACCCCGCGUGCCUUCUGGCCAGCUGUGUGCAGAACAUGCCCGGCCCGGGGGGGCCGCCUGCUCGUGGUUCCGCAGAGAGGAGGUGUGUCCGGCCCGGAGGACAGCGCCCCCACGUGCACAGCGGUUCCUCUCCGCUGAAUGUAUUUAUUCCCCUCACUCAGACUUCAGUUCUUCUGGUUUGUGAAAUUCCAGGAGCCCAGCCUCACGCCGCUGCCGCCGACUCGUCUGCACCCGCGGGGGCGCCACGGAAUGGGGGCGGGGUGCCCCGCGUCGGGCAUCCAGGGCCAGGCCCAGCACGGGGUCUCUGUGCACUUGAGAACCGGGGACCCUGCCUACCCCACGUCCCUCCCAAAGCCGGGGUCCUGCCAGGUGCCCAGCACCUGCCCUCAGGGGCCGCCGUGCCCCCCACACUGCUGGGCGGCUCCCUAGGCUGUGGGCCUGGGGCAGGCGCCGCUCUGGGAACGUUCAGACUUCCACAGGAAAGCAACCUGGCCCUGUGUUUGUAAGAGCGGGCUCCUCUCUCCUUUCUGUCACUUUAAAGACCAAAAAG